UGACACUGCUUCACUGUGUCUUCAGAAAAUGAUUAAAUCUAACAAUAAACUCGGAUUGUCGGGGCUCUCAUUCCUCCUAGUGUUGUUAUGUGUGGUGUUGCCAUUUUUCAACGUAAACAGCGGUGUCGCUUUGGCUGAGGCCUCUGAGGACGAUGCUGCGGAAGACUACGGCACAGUCAUUGGUAUUGACUUAGGCACCACCUACUCUUGUGUGGGAGUGAUGCAAAAUGGUAAGGUUGAAAUCUUGGCCAACGACCAGGGUCACAGAAUCACACCAUCUUAUGUUGCGUUUACCGAACAGGAGAGAUUAAUUGGUGACGCCGCUAAAAAUCAGGCUGCAUCCAAUGUUAACAAUACCGUCUUUGACGUCAAGAGAUUGAUUGGUUUGGAGUACUCUGACAAGAUUGUCCAAAACGAGAAGAAGAAGUUGCCCUACAAGGUGACUAAGAAGGGCAACAUGCCUGUUGUAAGUGUCGAAGUUGCUGGUGAAGAAAAGACUUUCACACCAGAGGAAAUUUCUGCCAUGAUUUUGGGUAAAAUGAAGACUGUUGCCGAGGACUACUUGGGUAAGAAAGUCACCCACGCAGUUGUCACUGUUCCCGCUUACUUCAAUGAUGCCCAAAGGCAGGCCACCAAGAACGCUGGUACUAUUGCAGGAUUGAACAUCUUAAGAGUUGUUAACGAGCCAACCGCUGCUGCCAUUGCCUACGGUUUAGACAAGACUGAUGAGAGACAAAUCAUUGUCUACGACUUGGGUGGAGGUACCUUCGAUGUGUCUUUGUUGUCCAUCGCGGGCGGUGUGUUCGAGGUCUUGGCUACCAAUGGUGACACCCACUUGGGAGGUGAGGACUUUGACCAUCAAAUUGUCAAGCAUCUUGCCAAGACAUUUAAGAAGAAACACGGCGUCGACAUUCUGAAGAACCCUAAGGCUGUUGCUAAAUUGAAGAGAGAGGCUGAAAAGGCCAAAAGAACUUUGUCUUCCCAAGUAUCUGCAAGAGUUGAGAUUGACUCUUUGCACGACGGAAUUGAUCUCUCUGAGACAAUCUCCAGAGCUAAAUUCGAAGAAUUGAACAACGCUUUUUUCAAGAGAACUCUUGCUCCGGUUGAGAAAGUGUUGAAGGACGCAGGCGUCAAGAAGUCCGAAGUCGAUGACAUUGUUCUUGUCGGUGGCUCCACCAGGAUUCCAAAGGUUCAACAAAUGAUCGAGGAAUUUUUCGAUGGAAAAAAGGUUUCCAAGGGUAUCAACCCUGACGAGGCUGUUGCAUAUGGUGCUGCCGUUCAAGGUGGUGUCCUCUCCGGCGAUGAAGGAGCUGCUAACGUUGUUUUGUUGGAUGUCAAUCCAUUGACUCUCGGUAUUGAGACUGCUGGUGGUGUCAUGUCCAGCUUGAUCAAGAGAAACUCUCCCAUUCCUGUCAGAAAGUCCCAAAUUUUCUCUACCGCUGCUGACAGUCAAUCAACUGUCUUGAUUCAAGUAUUCGAAGGUGAGAGAGCCUUGGUUUCGGACAACAACCUUUUGGGUAAGUUUGAAUUGACUGGAAUCCCACCAGCCCCUAGAGGUACACCUCAAAUUGAGGUUACUUUUGCGUUAGAUGCCAAUGGUAUCUUGAAGGUUGAAGCCGAGGACAAAGGAACCGGUAAGUCGAAAUCCAUCACUAUCACCAACGACAAGUCUAGAUUGUCUAAAGAAGACAUCGAAAGAAUGGUGGAGGAAGCCGAGAAGUUCGUUGAGCAAGACGCCGAGAUCAAGGCAAGAAUCGAAUCCAGAAACUCGUUGGAGAACAUCGUUCAACAGGCCAAGACAAGCUUGAGCGAGGAGAAAUACGCAGACAAGAUCGACGAGGAAUCGAAGGAGGAAAUCCUCGACCUUAUCAGCGAAAUCAACGAGUUUUUGGAGGACAACUACGAUACCGCUUCUUCCGAAGAGUUGGACGAGUACAAGGAUAAAUUACUUGAACUCAGCAACAAGAUCGCUAAGAAGGUUUACGGUGACUCUGAUGCCGUCGUCGAUGACGAAGACUCUGGUUUCGAGGAUUCUGACUCCGACGACGACCAUGAUGAGUUGUAG